UCGGCUGUCAGAAGACAGGCGAUUCAACGACACGUUGGCCUACCCCGGUACUCCUCCACAAUGUACGCGGACAAGUUGGACAAAAGGCAAACUAUUGAACUGAGGAAGAAGCAUAUCGGGCCUUCAUGCGAGAUCUUCUUCACUGAUGACCCCAUUAAGAUAGUGCGAGCCAGGGGUCAGUACAUGUAUGACGAGAGGGGGCAACGCUACCUGGACUGUAUCAACAAUGUGGCUCAUGUGGGUCACUGUCACCCGGAUGUGGUGAAGGCCGGCGCAGAGCAGAUGGAACUGCUCAACACAAACUCACGCUUCUUGCAUGACAACUUGGUGCUCUACGCCCAGAAGCUGCAGGCCACGCUACCAGAGGAGCUGUCUGUGUUUUACUUUGUCAACUCUGGAUCUGAAGCCAAUGACCUGGCGCUCCGCCUCGCCCGCCAGUACGCGGCCAGCCAAGAUAUCAUCACCUUGGACAACGCCUAUCACGGUCAUGUGACGUCGCUCAUUGAAAUCAGCCCCUACAAGUUCCACCAUCUGUCCAACGGGCCCCUCAGUCCAUUUGUGCACGUGGCCUCGAGCCCAGAUGUAUACCGAGGCAAGUACAGAAGAGACCAUCCUGAUCCUGCAACGGCGUACGCAGAUGAAGUCCGAGACAUCGUAGAGCGAGUGCAGGACAAAGGAGGCAAGGUAGCCGCUAUUAUCGCGGAGUCACUGCAGAGUUGUGGCGGACAGGUCAUUCCCCCCGCGGGCUACUUCCAGCAGGUGGCGCAGCAUGUGCGCAAAGCAGGAGGACUUUUUAUUGCAGACGAAGUCCAAGUGGGCUUCGGACGGGUGGGUACCCACUUUUGGGCCUUCCAACUCCAGGGCGAUGACUUUGUGCCCGACAUCGUUACCAUGGGCAAACCAAUAGGGAACGGACACCCGUUGUCAUGUGUGGUCACAAGCAGGAAGGUGGCUGAGGCCUUCAUGUCGUCAAGGAUGGAGUACUUUAAUACAUUCGGAGGCAACCCAGUGUCGUGCGCCAUCGGUCUGGCCGUCCUGGAUGUGAUCGUGAAGGAGGAUCUGCAGGCGAAAGCUUUGCAAGUAGGCGAGUACCUGAUCUCUCUGCUGGAGGCUCAGAAAGAGAAGCAUCCUCUCAUCGGUGAUAUCAGGGGUCGCGGCCUGUUUGUGGGGGCAGAGCUGGUGAAGGACCGCUUAAAGUUGACCCCGGCCACAGCAGAGGCCCGAGAGGUCAUUUAUCGCUUAAAGGAGCAGCGAGUACUCCUCAGCGCAGACGGACCUCAUCGCAACGUGCUGAAGUUCAAGCCGCCCAUGUGCUUCGACACCGACAAUGCCGACUUUGUGGUGGACAAACUUGACCACGUACUCACAGAAAUUGAAGUGGCAACAGGAAUGAAGACAGCCAACUUACUAAAUGGAGUGAAUGGCGUCAAUAAAAUACACUUUAGAAAAUAUUGGCCUGCGCCCUAAUAGACAGCAUGCUUUAAAAAAAUUAAUGAAUAAUGUACACAUAUUUAGAAAAUGUAUACAUAUUUUUAUAAAUGAACCCGGACCCCAAAAUAAUUCUCCCCUUCAUGAAAAAAAUAUUAGAUGGUGCCACUGGAUAGUACUAUGAUAUCCCAGUUUCGUCAUAAAGUGCAUUCAUUGUUUGUCUAACACAAUAUUUAAACAUUGACUGCAUUGGUACAAAUAAAAGCCUUACUCUAAAUAAACACCAUAUUUUAUUGUAUACUAUAAAAUCAGACUAUCAUGAUUUGUGUACCAAAAUAUUAUUUCAAAUUGAUUUAGAAUUAUUACAGCACAUAUUUGAAGAUGAUUUGUGAAACUAAAUAAUAAUAAAAAAAACGUGUUUAAACACCUACUCUAAAUACUGUAAACAACUUUUAAUAAACAUAUGUAUUAUAGUACAUAUUUUCUUCAAUCAUUAACUCAAUCAAAAUAGCAUCAAUUAGAAAACAAAAUUGCAUUGAUCCAAAUCAAUCCCUUAUACCAAAUAAAUGCAUAUAUAUUGUUAAAAAGAAAAAAGGAAAAAAAAAGACUAAAUUAAAAUACAUAUAUUUUAAUUAUUAAAUGUAUUUGUGGGACUUUUUUAAAACAUGUAUUGGUGUAUCUUAUAUUUACUCUAAAUUGUAUUAUUUUGGCUGCAUAUUAAUUGUGAGACAAACGCCUUACCCUUAACAGAUACCUAAUAUUCUGAGUUGAGCCACUAAAAUGUAGAGGCUCAACAGUAGGCAGUAGAGUAUUUAAUACUCUACUGCCUUCUAUUAGGAAAGAUAGUCUUUAGUAAAAAAAAAAAUACAUGUAUUUGUAUGUUUUUUGUUUUAAGGUUCCACUGGUGACUCAUCAUAGCAGGGCGGCGCACAUCAACCCUUCAAAACACCAAGAGACCAGAAACCUUCAUUUUAAAACAUUGAUAUUGAUAAGCUGCAGAUUUAAGAGAACAUGCAAUGCUUGCUUGGUUGUUGUUUUAAUAACAUGACUUUUGUUUCGCAUUAUCAUUUAUCCUAAUUGGGAACUCAAGGAGACACACUGAGGAAUAGUGCAUUAAGGGUCACAAUGGAGGAGGUCGGAACACAUUAACAAGAGAACUUCAAACAAUUAAAUUAAAGUGAGAGCAAGUAUUUGAUAAACUGCUGAUUUUGCAGGUUAUCUUCACUGUAUUUUAGAAUGUUUAAUUUCAGUGGGUGCUACUAAUCUAAAUACUAAUCAGAUAUGACUUUAAUUUACAAAAGCUGGUGCAAUAUGUGGCUUCUAUUUGUGUAAUUAGCGACUGUUUCACAUGUGCAAUAAUAUUUGGAAAGACUUGACACUUUCAUCACCCUUGAAGUGAAUGAAUGCACCAUGGAACAAAAAUAUGCUUGUGUGUCUUUUUUUCCAUUUGGUCCUUUUGAAUCCCGACAUUUGAUUUGUAUUUUAGGGCUGUCCAAACU